UACACUAAACAGUUGGCUGCGAAGUCUGUGUAUAACAAACAGAAGGUCAAGUUCCGAAUCGAAAUGUAGCACCUAGGCUUUGCUUUGCUAUUGCUAUGUUUUUUGCACUUCAAAGUACGAAAGAAAAGUGUGAAAUUGACUGUCAGAGUGGGCGUUUAUAUUGAGGGGCUAUAUUUAUUUUAGGGUCAAAGUCUACCAAAACUUAAAGUUUGAUAUGUCGCAAGCCAGGUUUCAGAACCAUUUUGGAUAUGGUCGGGUUCACCGGGGCACCCGAUUUUUGCUUUAUUAACCACGGUAAGGGGGGAACUUUGGCUGUAGAGCGUGCUCAUAGCGGUUAUCAGGAAGUUUUGAUGGUACGCUUAAUUUUAAAUGAUGCGCCGAUAAUUCUUGAUUCUUCCGAAAAGUUUCAUGUUUGAGAACUAAACAUUCGUAUACAUUAUUAUCAUUUUUCGGAUGGUAGCACCGUACAGUCGUCCACAUGGAUACUGAAAAAAUUGUUUCACCUUUCAGCAGUCAUGUCUUGGCCGUAUCGUCAGUUAAUUUUGACGUUAAGUAUACAUCAUAUUAACAGUGUAUAAAUUAGUUCGACUUUAGCUCACGCGCAGCGACAAUCAUGUCCGAUGAAUUCUGCAAGAGUCAGGUAUCUUGUUCUAGUCAUCUUUGUUGCGACUGACACAGUAAAUGGUAGAAUCUACGUGAAAAAGUAUUUGCAAAAAUGGUUGUUAUCCUUGAAUGAAAAGCGUAACAAGAGUUCGUGCAAUUUUUUGGCUCGAACUUGCUUCCUGUCAUGUCUGAAGAUACGCUGAGUGAUAUAAAUCCAACAAUGUCUCGAAAGAAAUCAUAUAAAACCAGCGGAAAAUGUUGAAAAAUUAAAAAAAAAAUAUCCGAAAGAUGUGAAAAUGAUCGGAGAAAACACUGUGCAGAAGCUUGUAAAGUGGUGCUAAGAAAAAAAAAGUUAAAGAACUCGCAAAAAAACAUUGGAAAGAAAACAUUAUUAUUAAGCGUACUUGAAAAUACAAUUAUCAACAUACUCCUAUAUAUUUUGUUUUAUUUAGGAAUGAAACUGUAUCAAUAAUUUUCGGAACAGUAGUGGCAUAAAUAAUAGAUGCCGGUAGAACAACUCCCCUGGGUGGAAUAUUACAAUAUUAUUAUAUUACAACGAAUCGCUGCAUACUGCUAGUAAUCGCGAGUGUCUACGUCCCACUUAUUAAAAUCUAGCAAAUGGUAAUACUUUGCGCCUUGCUUCCAGAUAACUCUAACCUGCUCUUGACUUCGGAGAAUGUAGGAAUCAAAGUUAACCCUGUGUAGCUCGUGCACAUAGAAUUGAAUGCAUACAUUAUUAAGUGAAAGAAAAAUCUCACACAAUAGUGCUUUGAUGAAUUAAUUAUUAACACAGUCUUUUAUUACUGAGACACUAAUUCAGAUAAUUUAGCAAAGCUUGGGCAGCACAGAAAAAAAACAGCUAAUGAUACCUUUGUAGUCAAUUAUCACAGUACUGCUUGGUAAGCUACGAUUUUAUAAUCCUAGUUUCUCCCGAACGAACUAGUAUAUCCCCACUAGUGAUCAGUUACAGUUCUCACACUCAUUCACUUACAAUGGCUUCUAACGCUAAAGCUUACAGUUUUACACUUUCUAAUGAGUAUCGCGAACUGGCGCGUAAGGAACUGCGUGAAGAUGAAGGAACUCGAGAACAAGCGUUGAUGCAAAUGCGUGAGUGGAUCGAAAAAAAUCCAUACAUAAAAACAUGUCGCACCGAUGACACAUUUUUACUCAAAUUCCUGCGCUAUCGGAAAUUCUCCGUUCCUCAAGCCACGGAAGCGCUUGAGCGGUAUCUCGUUGCCAGGCAGAAGUUUCCGGAAUGGUUUCGCAAGUUAGAUCCCCUAGAGGCUACAAUGAAUGACAUUUUGAAGGAUGGGCCAUUUGUGGUUUUGGGUCGUGAUCAAGAUGGGAGGACGGCCAUUCUGAUUCGCUAUAGUCGAUUCAACGUGGACAAAGUGACACCUCAGUCGAUAUGUAGAUAUGUGCUGAUGAUGAUGGAAGUUCUGUCGGAAGAGGAGGAAUUCCAGAUCGCUGGUACUUGCCUGUGGGAGGAUCACAGUGAUAUGCCGAUGAAGUUCGUGGGAAUGUUCAGUUUAACGGAGCUCAGCUCGAUACUGCAGGUCCUAAUGAAAACUAUGCCGGUUCGGAUACGACAGAUCAAUUGGAUCAACCUACCAAAAUUCGCGGCAGCAAUUGCUAAUUUCGCACGGGCUUUUGUGAGCGGGAAAGUGCAAGAGAGGAUUAUUGUUCACGCAACGGUCCACGAAGCAAAGACGCAACUGCAUGAAUCGCUAUGGCCUCUAGAAUACGGCGGAAAAAUAGAUGUCGACUUGCUCAACCGAGAGAUGAUUGCAAAGCUAGAAGAGAAACGGGAUUUUCUGUUGGCUUUGGAUGACAUGGAGAUUCAUGCCGAUCAUUAUAUGAAUUUAUGGAAAGAAAACAACCCUCAUUCUGCCAGAGAAAUUGACUCGGGCAUAAUCGGCAGUUUUCGGAAGCUGAAUGUUGAUUAAUACUUGAAAGUUUCAGUUUAGAUUAACAGGAUUGAUACCUAGAAUCAUCUGGAAUGUUUCGAAAUGUUUUAGUUGGUUAUUUCUACACACGUACAUGAAAAAUAUCAAUUUACGAAAAUUUGCUAAGCUGCGAAUAUUUUUUUCAAAUUUUGUUCCCUAAUUCUAGUUUGUUAAAUUUGUUGACAGCACCUACUAGCGCUUAGGAAUACUUAGGAUUCUUGGCAAAUUAUGCAUUUAACAGUUUUAAAAUCUGGUAUCAAGUACAUGUUAUUGCUUUAAAAGUGAGAUGUCUUCCGUGGUCACAAUCACAGUUGCGCAAAGCGGUAAACAGUUUACUAAUAUCUGCCUUGAUCCAUUGGACAGUUUGCUUCGUUCUGCAAACACCAUUUUGGUUGCAAACUUUCAGCGGCAAUUCCGUUGGCGACUAAGCGUUCACGAUGCACCAACAUGCGCGAAUCGGCCAGCUGCCAUCCGCCUCGAGGAUCAGUCCAGAGCCGUUCGGCAAGUGCGCUCAAUCGAGGCCACAAACGAGCAUCCAGCGUCAAUUGAUCGGCUUGCUCAGUCCACAAAGCUCCUUCGGCUCCUAGAACUUGUGAUGAGUAGGCGCCACCCAUUA